UCUUGUCGCUCGCUCGCUCCCCUUCCCGAAAAACUUCAGCAAACCCGGCUUCCCCGGCUCUCGUACGGUGAGGGCUUAGAAGACGUUCGCCAUGUCUUACAGAUAUCAGCAAACCCCUACGGCCGACCAGGGCUACGGCUAUCCCCAAGACCACGAGUUGCAAGACUUCCCUCGCCAAGAACAGCCGCCAGCUUCAAACACCCUCUCGCAGCAGGACUUCCUCGGCCGCAUCCAAUUCCUCCGCAACGAGAUUGGCACGCUCACCAACAAUGUCCGGGCAAUCGCAUCGCUGCACCAGCGCGCGCUAGCUGAGGCCGACAGCGGCUCCUCGUCCCAGCAGCUGGAAAGCAUAGUCGCCGAGACGCAGACCCUGAACGCCGGCAUCCGCGACCAGCUGAAAUUCCUGGCCACCGACGCCAGCAAAACCACCGACGCGAGCCGCAGCGUGAAGGAGCGACAGGUCAACACCAUCAAGGCGGAAUUCGAGCGCGAGCUGCGCAGCUACCAGGAGGAAGAGGGCUCGUUCCGUCAACGAUACCGCGACCAGAUCGCCCGCCAAUACCGCAUCGUUAACCCCGAAGCCACCGAGGAUGAAGUCCGAGAAGCGGCCGAGGCCGACUGGGGCAACGAGGGCGUCUUCCAGACCGCGCUCCGCACGAACCGCACCGGCCAGGCGACCUCGGUGCUCGGCGCCGUGCGCGCCCGCCACAACGAGCUGCAGCGCAUCGAGCGGACGCUCGUGGAGCUGGCGGCCAUGUUCCAGGACCUCGCCAUCCUGGUCGAGCAGCAGGAGCCGUACGUCGAGCAGGCGGAGCAGAACGCCGAGAACACGGCCAAGUACCUCGAGGAGGGCAACACGCACGUGAAGAAGGGGAUCGUCCACGCGCGCAACCGCCGCAAGUGGAAGUGGUGGUGCCUGCUCAUCACCAUCAUCAUCAUCCUCGUCCUCGUCGCCAUCGGCGUCGGCGUCGCCGCCUCCCAAGGCGCGUUCAGGAACAAUAAUAAUACUUAAUCUAUACGCUAUCCACCGUACCGGUAACGAGGCCAGGGGAAAUUUGGAGGGCGGCAAAACAGCUAAAACCUAUAACACAAAAGCACUCUGUCCCGGGGUCGAGAUUGGGGUCAACGAUUUCGCGCCGAGUCUAG